AUGGGCUGCUGCUUCUCCAAGGAAGACGACGCGGGCUUCGAGGCCAAAGAGAAGCUCCUGCCCAAGGCCCACAAGUUGGUCGCGCCCAACACUUUGGGCUCCUCAUGCUCGCGUAGGGACGUGGUGACGCGCGAGCUACCCAAGCCGACUGGCAGCUACAAGUCGCCCGACGUCCCAGCCCAAGCGCCUGUCGAGAAGCGAACGGCGACCAAGCCGGCGUACGAGGCGCCAAAAGCACGGAUUGAAACCAAGGCACCGCCGCAAACGGAGGCAAGCCCCGUGGCCGUGGCGCCAGUGAUUGCAGUGGCUGCGGCUUUGCAGCCAGAGCCGAGCCCGCCAAGAGACGUGGUAGAGACUUUGCAGGCGCCUGUUAGUCGUGAGAAGACGGGCACCGUCGUCGAGGCGCAACCGGAUGCUAGUCAUGCCACUCAGCCGCAGGUACAGCCCGAGGCAUCCGUGCCGCACGUGCAGCGGACGGGCUCGAUCACCGUACCGCAGUCGCCAAUCACUACGGCGCUUGGGCCAGUUGCGAAGCCUCCGUCGCCGAUCAACAAGACCCCGGCGCCCGUUGCGGCGCCAGCGUCUCCCAUCAAGGUCGCGUCGCCUGCAAGCCGCAAGAGCUCGUGGACCGAGGUGGGUGUGGACGACGCGACUCCUGCAAAGGAGGACAAAGCGCCGUCACCGAUCGCUCGGAAGGCCUCGACGCAGGACGAGAAGGCUUCGGUGCAGGACGAGACGGCCCCAUCGCCCGUCGCCUCGAUCAACGAGUCCAAGCCGGCGGCCAGUACGAACCCGGCACCCGAGGUCACGUUGGUGCACGCCCAAUCCUCCAUCCCGGAGCAAGAUGCAACAGAGCUCUCCCGCAGUCGAGAGAGUUCUCAUGCCUCGAACGAAGGCGACGACGCCAAGGACGACAAGCCCGUUGAGCAAGCCGCACCGGCAGCGACGGCGUCCAAGGGCAAGAAGAAGAAGAACAAGAAGAAGAAGGGCAAGGCGUAG